GAAACGCCAGCGGGACCGGCGGCGGAGCGCGAGCAGCCGGGCGAGCGGGCUCAGGAGCGAGCGGCAGGCCGGGCGAGGCGAGCGCGAAGCGGAGAGCCGAGAGUCGGGGCGCCGCCGCCGCCCCCGGGCCGCACAAAGGGCCGAGGCUGGGGCAGCUGCCGCCGCCGCCUCAGCGCGCGGGCCUGGAAGCGGCGUCCGCCGGGGCCCCGGGAGAGCGCGGCGCGGGCGGCCAUGGCCGGCUACGUGCCGGGUCAGCAGCCGGCCAACCGCAGCCAGGAGAAGGAGUUCGUGCAGGCGUACGAGGAUGUGCUGGAGCGCUACAAAGAUGAACGGGACCGCGUGCAGAAGAAGACGUUCACCAAGUGGGUCAACAAGCACCUGAUGAAGGUCCGCAAGCACAUCAAUGAUCUUUAUGAAGAUCUGCGGGAUGGCCAUAACCUGAUCUCCCUCCUGGAGGUCCUCUCAGGCAUCAAACUGGAGCCAGCAGGGCUGAAGACCCUCCGUCUGGUGAGCAUGCCCUCCUGGCGCCACACACACAGCGAGGAGCAGGAGGAGGAAGAUGAUGAUGAUGUACCCCGGGAGAAGGGCAGGAUGCGAUUUCACAGGCUGCAGAACGUGCAGAUUGCCCUGGACUUCCUAAAGCAGCGACAGGUGAAACUAGUGAAUAUUCGCAAUGAUGACAUCACAGAUGGCAACCCCAAGCUGACCCUGGGCCUGAUCUGGACCAUUAUUUUGCACUUCCAGAUCUCUGACAUCUAUAUUAGUGGAGAAUCAGGGGACAUGUCAGCUAAGGAGAAGCUGCUCCUGUGGACCCAAAAGGUGACAGCUGGUUACACAGGAAUCAAAUGCACCAACUUUUCCUCCUGCUGGAGUGAUGGGAAGAUGUUCAAUGCACUUAUUCACCGGUACAGACCCGAUCUGGUAGAUAUGGAGAGGGUACAGAUCCAGAGCAACCGAGAGAAUCUGGAACAGGCUUUCGAAGUAGCAGAAAGACUGGGCGUCACCCGGUUACUGGAUGCAGAAGAUGUGGAUGUGCCAUCUCCAGAUGAAAAGUCUGUAAUCACUUAUGUGUCUUCGAUUUAUGAUGCUUUCCCUAAAGUCCCUGAGGGUGGAGAAGGGAUCAGUGCUACGGAAGUAGACUCCAGGUGGCAAGAAUACCAAAGCCGAGUGGACUCCCUCAUUCCCUGGAUCAAACAGCAUACAAUACUGAUGUCAGAUAAAUCCUUUCCCCAGAACCCUGUUGAACUAAAGGCACUUUAUAAUCAAUAUAUACACUUCAAAGAAACAGAAAUUCUGGCCAAGGAGAGAGAAAAAGGAAGAAUUGAAGAAUUGUAUAAAUUAUUAGAGGUAUGGAUUGAAUUUGGCCGAAUUAAACUGCCUCAGGGUUAUCACCCUAAUGAUGUGGAAGAAGAGUGGGGAAAACUCAUCAUUGAGAUGCUAGAGCGAGAGAAAUCGCUUCGGCCAGCUGUAGAGAGGCUGGAAUUGCUGCUACAGAUUGCAAACAAAAUCCAGAAUGGUGCUUUGAACUGUGAAGAAAAACUGACACUAGCUAAGAAUACACUGCAGGCUGAUGCUGCUCACCUGGAAUCAGGGCAACCAGUACAGUGCGAGUCAGAUGUCAUCAUGUACAUUCAGGAGUGCGAAGGUCUCAUCAGACAGCUGCAGGUGGAUCUCCAGAUCCUGCGGGAUGAGAAUUAUUACCAGCUGGAAGAGCUGGCUUUUAGGGUCAUGCGUCUGCAGGAUGAGCUGGUCACCUUGCGUCUGGAGUGCACAAACUUGUACCGGAAGGGCCACUUCACUUCACUUGAAUUGGUUCCACCCUCUACUUUAACCACUACUCAUCUGAAGGCAGAACCCCUGACCAAAGGAACCCAUUCUUCUGCCUCCUGGUUCCGCAAGCCCAUGGCUCGGGCUGAACUUGUGUCUAUUUCCUCCUCUGAAGAUGAAGGCAAUCUGCGAUUUGUGUAUGAACUGCUAUCUUGGGUGGAAGAAAUGCAGAUGAAAUUGGAACGAGCAGAGUGGGGCAAUGACCUGCCUAGUGUGGAGCUGCAGCUGGAAACACAGCAGCACAUCCAUGCCAGUGUGGAAGAACUGGGCUCGAGUGUCAAAGAGGCCAGGCUCUAUGAGGGAAAAAUGUCCCAAAAUUUCCAUACCAGUUAUGUUGAAACUCUUGGAAAGUUGGAGACACAGUAUUGUAAAUUGAAGGAAACUUCUAGCUUCCGGAUGAGGCACCUUCAGAGCCUGCAUAAAUUUGUCUCUAGAGCUACAGCUGAGUUGAUCUGGUUGAAUGAGAAGGAGGAAGAAGAACUAGCAUAUGACUGGAGUGACAACAAUCCCAAUAUCCCAGCCAAGAAAAAUUACUUCUCUGAGUUGACAAUGGAACUAGAGGAGAAACAGGACGUGUUCCGGUCUCUACAAGAUACAGCCGAGCUGCUGUCACUGGAGAACCACCCAGCCAAGCAGACAGUAGAGGCCUACAGUGCCGCUGUCCAGUCCCAAUUGCAGUGGAUGAAGCAGCUGUGCUUGUGUGUGGAGCAGCAUGUAAAGGAGAAUGCUGCUUACUUUCAGUUCUUCAGUGAUGCCAGAGACCUGGAGUCAUUCUUGAGGAACCUCCAAGACUCCAUCAAACGAAAGUACUCCUGUGACCACAGCACCAGCUUAUCCCGCCUGGAAGACCUGCUGCAGGACUCCAUGGAUGAAAAGGAGCAGCUUAUACAAUCCAAGAGUUCCGUUGCCAGUCUUGUUGGGAGAUCAAAAGCCAUUGUUCAGCUAAAGCCUCGCAGUCCCGACCACGUGCUAAAGAGCACCAUUUCCGUGAAGGCCAUCUGUGAUUACAGGCAAAUCGAGAUUACUAUUUGCAAGAAUGAUGAGUGUGUGUUGGAAGACAAUUCACAGCGGACCAAGUGGAAAGUGAUCAGCCCCACAGGGAAUGAGGCAAUGGUGCCAUCAGUCUGCUUCCUCAUCCCCCCACCCAAUAAGGAUGCCAUUGAGAUGGCCAGCAGGGUGGAGCAGUCUUACCAGAAGGUGAUGGCCCUUUGGCAUCAGCUACAUGUUAACACCAAAAGCCUUAUCUCCUGGAACUAUCUGAGGAAGGACCUGGAUCUUGUAAAGACCUGGAACCUGGAGAAGCUCCGCUCCUCAGCACCAGGAGAAUGCCACCAGGUUAUGAAGAAUCUGCAAACCCACUACGAAGACUUUCUGCAGGAGAGCCGUGACUCGGCACUCUUCUCCGUGGCUGAUCGACUGCGCUUGGAAGAGGAGGUGGAGGCUUGUAAAACCCACUUCCAGCACCUGAUGAAGUCCAUGGAGAAUGAGGACAAAGAGGAAACUGUGGCCAAGAUGUAUAUUUCAGAGCUGAAGAAUAUCCGGCUGCGCCUGGAGGAGUGUGAACAGAGGCUAGUCAGACGAAUUCAGUCCCCAGCCAGCUCUAGGACUGACAAAGAUGCCCGGCAGGACAAUGCAUUAAGGAUCGCAGAGCAAGAGCACACCCAGGAGGAUUUGCAGCAACUGAGAUCAGACUUGGAUGCUGUUUCCAUAAAAUGCAACAGCUUUCUCCAUCAGUCCCCAACUGGUUCAAGUGUUCCAACUCUGCGCUCAGAACUCAAUCUGCUGGUGGAGAAAAUGGACCAUGUGUAUGGGCUCUCCACUGUGUACUUGAACAAGCUAAAGACAAUCGAUGUCAUAGUGCGUAGCAUCCAGGAUGCUGAACUCUUAGUGAAAGGUUAUGAAAUCAAGCUGAGUCAAGAAGAAGCAGUACCAGCUGAUCUCUCAGCGCUGGAGUCCCAUCGGUCUACAUUACAGCACUGGCUCAGUGAUGCGAAGAACAAGAAUUCCAUGUUUUCAGUCCUGGAUGAGGAAAUUGCCAAGGCCAAGGUAGUGGCAGAGCAGCUGAGUCGUCUGACCCCAGAGCGAAACCUGGACUUGGAGCGCUGUCAGGAGAAAGGCUCCCAGCUGCAGGAGCGUUGGCACCGGGUCAUUGCCCAGCUCGAGACCCGCCAAUCUGAGCUAGAAAGUAUCCAGGAAGUUCUGGGAGAUUACCGAGCCUGCCAUGGAACUCUCAUCAAAUGGAUUGAGGAAACCACUGCCCAGCAGGAAAUGAUGAAGCCAGGCCAGGCCGAGGAUAGCAGAGUGCUUUCCGAGCAGCUCAGCCAGCAGACGGAGCUGUUUGCAGAGAUCGAGAGAAAUCAGACAAAACUGGACCAAUGUCAAAAAUUUUCCCAGCAGUAUUCCACUAUUGUAAAGGACUAUGAAUUGCAGCUGAUGACAUACAAGGCCUUUGUGGAAUCACAGCAGAAAUCCCCCGGCAAGCGCCGCCGCAUGCUUUCCUCUUCAGAUGCCAUCACGCAAGAGUUCAUGGACUUAAGGACUCGCUACACAGCACUGGUGACCUUAACCACGCAGCACGUGAAGUACAUCAGUGAUGCUCUCCGGCGGCUGGAGGAGGAGGAGAAAGUGGUAGAAGAGGAAAAACAGGAACAUGUGGAGAAAGUUAAAGAACUUUUGGGCUGGGUGUCUACCCUAGUAAAGAAUACACAAGACAAAGCUACGUCACCCCAGACCAAAGAAUCAACAGACAUUGAAAAAGCUAUUUUAGAGCAGCAGGUUCUGGCAGAGGAGCUGACAACCAAGAGGGAACAAGUCUCCGAGACCAUUAAAACUUCACAGAUCUUCUUGGCCAAGCACGGUCAUAAGCUCUCAGAAAAAGAGAAGGAACAGAUAUCUGAGCAGUUGAAUGCCCUGAAUAAGGCUUACCAUGACCUUUGUGAUGGUUCAGCAAACCAGCUUCAGCAGCUUCAGAGCCAGUUGGCCCAGCAGACAGAGCAAAAGGGCUGCAGAGCAGUUGCUGGGGUGAUUGACCUAGGCACAGUGGAGAUAUUUCCCAUCUACAGAGCCAUGCAAAAGGGCCUCAUUGACCAAGACACAGGCCUUGUGCUCCUGGAAUCCCAGGUUAUCAUGUCUGGCCUCAUUGCCCCUGAGACCAGUGAAAAGCUGUCUUUGGAGGAGGGCCUAGCCCAAAACCUCAUUAACUCCCAAAUGUACCGGCAGCUCCGGGAGCUGCAGGAUGCCCUGUCCUUAAUCAGCAGGCUUACUGAGAACAAAGGCCUUCUUUCUGUGGUGGAAGCAAUUGAAAGGAAAAUAAUCAGCGAGAAAGUUGGACUGAAAAUCUUAGAAGCUCACCUGGCAACUGGAGGUUUCAGUCUCCCCCCUGAUGGGAACUGUAUUAGCCUAGAGGAGGCUUUCCACCAAGGCCUCAUUUCUGCACGGCUUCACUCAGAGUUAGAGUCUCACCUGCGAUCAUCCAAGAACUUGAUAGACCCAAACACCGCUGAUAAAAUUGGUUUGCUGGAUCUGAUGCAGAGAUGUAUUGUCCAACAGGAAUCAGGCUUGAAGUUGCUGCCUGUCAAGCAAUUGGCAGGGGGGAUGGUGAGCUUGAGAUCAGGCCGGAAGGUUAGCAUUUUCCGUGCAGUUCAGGAAGGGCUAAUAGACAGGCAGGUCACUCUCCGGCUGCUGGAAGCUCAGCUUUUUGCUGGUGGCAUAGUAGAUCCAAGGACAGGACACAGACUCACAGUGGAAGAGGCUGUGAGACAUAAUUUGAUUGACCAAGAUAUGGCCUGCGCUCUUCUCAUAAGGCAGCUUCAGACAGGAGGCAUCAUAGACACUGUAACUGGGCAUAGGCUAACAGUAGAUGAAGCAGUGAGCAGUGACCUAGUAGCUGCCAAGAUUGCCCUUGUGAUCCUAGAGUCCCUUUGGUCAUUCAUGGGGCUGCUAUGGCCAGAGUCUGGAGAGAUUCUCCCAAUUACAGAUGCCCUGGAACAAGGUAUUGUGUCUACCGAACUAGCUCAUAAAAUCCUUAGUGACCGACAGCAUAUUAAAGCCCUAUUUCUACCAGCAACCACAGAGAUUUGGUCCUGGAGAAAAGCAAUAGAAAAUGGUCUAUUAGACAAAGAUCUUGCCAAUAACUUGAAAUCAAUUUGCAUACCUGACGUGAUGCCCCACAUGCAAUUAGCAGACUCUUUAGAACGAAGCAAAUUGAACGGGAAUCUUGGGGCGGCAGGUCUGCCAUGCAGCAAGGGCCAAACUGAGGGCAUAGCAAGCCAUGAUGAGAAGCUGUUGUUUCAACUGAUGACUCAUAGCUAUAUUAAUGUGCGGAAUGGACAGAGGCUGCUCCUGAUGGACAGUGAGCUGAUAGAGGCACUGACAGCAAGAGGUGAUCAAGCAGGUCGUACAGAAGUAUUUGGAAUUGGGCAUCAGAGACUGGAAACUCCUGAGAAAUUACAGGAAUUGGUUGAUGUGAAAAUCACAGAAGGCUAUGAUGGAUUGACUGUGAGGCCAUGUGAGUUCCAAUUUUCCUCCCAAAACAAAGAAGAUCUCAACCAGGCAAGUUGCACUGAAGCAAGAGGCAAAAAGACCAUUGUAGAAACAGAAGGUUCUGCUGUAGAGAGCCCUGAGAAGGACCUAUUUGUAAGGCAACAGAAAGUGAAAAAUCCAAAUGGAGAUACUUUGAAGGUCAUAGAUAAAGUCAAAUCAGAGUUUAAAAGGCAGUUGUUAGGUACCAAAAAGGUAGACCAAAUAGAAGUGUCUCCCAGAGAAAAUGUCAGCAGAGGAUUUCUCCUUAGGGAACCUUCUCAGGAAGCAGGGGAUGUGACUUUGGUGGAGAACAAAGAUCCUUUUUCUGUUGGAUCACCAGAGGAAGAACGACAGACUCUCAGAAAGGCUUCUUUUAUGUGUCAGAAAGAAGAAGAAGCUCUAGGUGAAACUGGGAGACCUCUUGUAAAACCCCAAAGCAGAAAGUCCCAGCUUCAGGUGGAGAAAACUCUAGUUUUAGAAUCAGAACGAAAGUCUGAAAAGGACAGGAAUAUUCAUUCUCUGGGCAAAAAGAAGGCAUCCGUUACAACCUCUGUGGGUAGGGAUGACCAUCAACAGAGUCCAGAAAGUCACAGCAUGGCAGAUGGCAGGAUGGCGAUAUCAGAAAAGACAGCUGAGGAAGCCAAUGGCAGUGAAGCUUCCCUGUCACGCAGUCAUCCUUCAGAAUUGCCUGAAGAAGCUACCUUAAAUAUAUUAUCUGCACAGUUACUGGAUGGUGGUAUCUUUCAUGAACAGACAGGUCAGAAGCUCUUACUACAUGAAGCAAUAGCCCAGGGUCUUGUGCCCAGUCACACUGCUGUGAAACUUAUGGGAAAGCUGAACAUGUUUCAGGGCUUCUUUGACUCUCAGACCCACGAGUCUUUGACAACUGAAGAAGUCAUUGAGGAAGGUCUAAUGGAUGAAAAACUGUUGCAUAAUGUCCUCAUGGCAGACAAAACUAUCAGUGGUGUCUUAGAUCCUCGUACCCACACACUGUGCUCUGUGAAGGAAGCAGUUGCCUUUGGACUUCUUGACACACAAACAGCCACCAGCAUUUUAGAGGGGCAGGUGGUAACUGGUGGAAUCAUUGACCUGAAACGAGGCAAAAAGAUUUCAGUGACUUUAGCUUCAAAUCUUGGCUUGGUGGACAGUGCUAGCCAGACAGAGCUUAUAAAUCUGGAGAAAGCUUCCAAAGGCAGAGAUGCUGACAAAACCGUUAGGGAGAGAUUAAUUAGCUUACAAAUGGAAACAACUGGAAUGAUGAACCCUGACAGCAAAGCCCCUUUAACGGUUGCUCAGUCCAUUGCCAGAGGACUUUUGGAGAGAGAUGAGGCCAUUCGGUUGUUAACGAAGCAGGUAGUGGAUGGAGGUAUCAUUCACCAUAUAUCCGGCGUGAGACUUUCUGUUGAUAAUGCCUUUAAACAUGGCAUCAUUGAUGAAGAUUUAGCCAAGCAACUCAAAAAAGUUGAGAACCUAAGCCUCCAUCAAUUCUCUCAUCCUGAAACAAAGGAAAGUAUUUCCCUCCCUGAAGCCAUAAAAUUAGAUCUUGUUACCCCGAACUUGAAAAGAGAAAUCCAGGAAAUUCAGGCCUUGACUGGAAGCUUUGUAGAUCUCGUUUCUGGCCGGACAUUGACCUUGGCAGAAGCUAAAAAAGAAGGGCUGUUAACUAAUAAAGCAAUAUUGUCUUCAGGAAUGUUGAAUGGGAUUAUAGAUCCUGAGAAUUACAGAAUUGUUCCCUAUUCAGAAUUAGUGAAAAAGUGUAAGAUUGAUAUUGAAUCUGGACAGAGAUAUCUAGAAGUAAUUCCCUUCUCAAACAUUAAAGAUGGAGCAAGUGAUAAAAUACUUACAUUGCCUCAAGCAGUUAAGCUUGGAAAAGUAGAUUUUGCGGUUACACUCAAGGUUCUAGAAGCUCAGGCAAAUACGGGGGGAAUCAUAGAUACUGCCACGGGAAGACAGUUGACCUUGGCAUCAGCUUUGGAACAGAAACUAGUGGAUGAAAACAUGGUCAGAAUUAUUGCAUCCCAUCAGGUGUUAGAUGGAGGAAUUAUUGACAUAUUUAAUGGUCAGAGAGUAACUUUAAAGGAAGCUGUUGAGAAAAGACUUAUUAGCCCUGAACUGGCAACUGUUAUCCAAAUAGAUACCUCAGAGCCCAGUGGUCUCCAGGCUCAGAUUGAAAAGCAAGAUGGAACUGAAGUAUGUGCACUAAAGAAGGAAUUUCUAAGAAAGGAAAUGUUAAUUGCUUGCAGUCCGACUGCUGAAAUGAGUUGUGGUAAAGGAGAAAGUGAGAAAUUAUUUCAAAUUGAAAGCCAAUCUGCACAAAAAAAAGUUCAAGUGAGGGUUUCCAAUGAGGAGCAGGCAAAAGAGAGCCAAGAAGUUUCCUUAAAGGAACUGGAAUGCAAAGAUCAAGAUAGGAAGAGAUCUUCUCCAGAGGCUAAAGAAGCUGUCAGUAUCAUAAUUCCUAGUAAUGGUAACAGUAACUCUUUGGGCCAAGGUUCAGCAACACACCCUCUGUCAGAAAUUUGUGAUUUUAAACCCAAAGAGGUGGCUUGUAAUACCAUGGGGAAAAAAGCAAAUAAAGAGCAAGGAAAAAUAGUGGCACAAACAGAAAGUAUUUCUCAUACGAAAGAGUUUGUAUCAGGUCUGGAUUCUAAAGGAAGAAGGGGAAACCAAGGUGGAAUUAUUUCUGAAGUACAAGAAUCAGAUGGUGACACUUCAGGCAAAUUGCUGAGUCAGCAGGUUAUGCAGAAAGCAAUGAAUACCAGGGAGAAAAGUAAGAGGCAGAAGAAGGAGAUGACUGUAGAAGAAAGUGUCAAAACAUGCCAACCAGCAGUUCUUCCAGAAGAGAAGCUGAAUCAGGAAACUGCCAUUAGAGAUGACCAUGACUCCAACAUAGAGAGUCAGCCUGUGAAAAUAACCGUAAGUGAAAAAGGAAAGGUAGCUGAUAGAGAGCCAGGAUUGUCUGUUGUUUGUGAAGCUGAAGACUCUUCUCAAAUGACACCGAAUGGAAUUUUGGUAAGAAAUGAAGAUGCUUUAACAUUCUUCAACUCUAAUCAGGCCAGUGAAGGAGCUGCCAAAAAUUUAAGCCUCUCCUUGACUUCAAAACCUGAAGAAAAUUUACCUCAAGAAAUUACUGUCAUAGUCCAGAGUGAACUACUCUCUUCUUUGACCGCAAAACCUAAAGGAUUGCACUAUCAGGAAUCAGUUAGAAAAGCCCAGGUGGCAGACACAUCCCAAAUUUUCCCAGCAGACAGGUCUUUCCAAGGAACCACCAGGCAGGAGACCAAGUAUUACCAAAACUCUUGUGUUACUUUUAAGACUAGAGAAACCAAGGAUAUGACUUUCUCAUCUAAUGAAUGUAAAGAAAAAUCAUACCAAGAGGUACCUUUUGACUCAACAAGAGCUAUUAAAUUGGAAGAAAUUAGAGUAGACUCCAAAGAGGUCAGCCAACAUUUGGAAUUCCCAGACGGAAAGGAUCUUCCUCCUGAAGACAACAAAAGUGAUCAUGAGCAUUGCAGAUUUCUUGAGUCUACAAUAGUAACAACUCAGGAAAUAAAGGGAGAGAAAAUUGUGAAAAUGUCAAACCCUAUAGUUACAGCAGAAGCAGGGUCCUUUGAAGGCAUAGAGACCCAGGGAGCUCCCAGAAUCUCAGUGUCCCUUCUUCCAGAGAAACCGUCCAAAGAUGUUUCUCGAAAAGAGACUACAGAGCAACAGGAUGCCACCAUUAGUCUUGUCCCAGAGAUCAGUGAAGAAGAGAUGGUGCCCCUGACAUCAUGCCCCGUGAUGAAGACGGGUGAGAAGACACCACAGGAGAGGCUCCGAGAGAGCCCUGACAGAGCAACUACAAAUGUAUUUAACCGGCAGCUCUGUCUAGAACAUGAUGAGAAGUUGGUGUCCUAUCUGUCUCUAUUACGAGACAUUGAAAUGAGGACCAAACAGAUUCAGCCUCUGGAGCUAAACCUGGCAGAGCUACAGGAUCUGCUGUGUCAGGCCAAGGCAUUAGACAGGGAAUUGAAGGAUCUGUCCACAGUGGUGAGUCAGGAAUUGGAGUGUGUGAAUCAGAUUAUCAUCAGCCAGCCUCAAGAAGUCCCAGCUCAACUGCUGAAGGCUCUUGAGAAAGAUGCCAAGAAUCUUCAAAAAUCCCUCAGCUCUGUGAGUGACACCUGGGGUUCCAGACUACUCCACCUCCAGACUGCUGUGGAAGUGAAAAAGGCUAGAGUGUUAAAUCAGUACAAGCAGCUAGAAGGCAACCUUCAAGAUCUGAGAGCCUGGAUUGGUGAUACCUAUCUUAUUCUGAAUAGCAAAGAAUAUGACAGUGAAACAGAUGCCAGCAGCCUGAAUCACUGUCUCCAACAGUGUGAGGAUUUGAAACAGCCCAUGGCUGAGAGGAAAUCUCAUCUGGAUGCACUUGCCUUUGACAUUCAGUUCUUUAUCUCCGAGCACGCCCAGGACUUGUCCCCUCAGCAGAACCGGCAGAUGCUAAGGCUUCUGAAUGAACUGCAGAGGUCUUUCCAGAGCCUUGUAGAACAGACCGCAGCCCAGAUGGAUGCCUUACAGGGCCAUCUUCAGCAAAUGGAGCAGGCAGCCCAGGUCAAGACCCUGCAGAAACAACAAAAUUCCUGUCACCAGAAACUGGAGGAUCUUUGCAGCUGGGUGGGACAGGCAGAAAGAGCAUUGGCAGGCCACCAAGAUAGAGCCACCCAGCAGGAUCUCUCUGCUUUGCAGCAAAACCAAAGUGACUUGAAGGAUUUACAGGACGACAUUCAGAAUCGUGCCACCUCAUUCGCCAGUGCUGUCAAAGAUAUUGAAGGGUUCCUGGAAGAGAACCAGGCCAAGCUAAGCCCCCAUGAGUUGACAGUUCUACGGGAAAAACUUCAUCAGGCUAAGGAGCAGUAUGAGGCUCUCCAGGAAAGGACGAAAGUGGUCCAGAAGGAGCUCGAGGAAGUAGUGACCUCGGCCUUACAGCAGGAAACUGAAAAGAGUAAAGCAGCAAAGGAACUGGCAGAGAACAGGAGUAAGAUUGAUGCUCUCUUGGAUUGGGUGACUUCAGUGGGCUCAUCGGGUGGACGGAUGGAGGAGCCUUCAGGAGGUUACCUGGGGAAAGGAGCCUUGGAUACAACUGAUGGUCACACUGGGGUGAACCAAGCCCCAGAGAAGCUGGACAAGCAAUGUGAGAAGAUGAAGGCUUAUCACCAAGAACUGCUAUCUCAGCAGCAAAAUUUCAUCCUGGCCACUCAGUCAGCUCAGGCCUUCCUGGACCAGCACGGCCACAAUCUCACACCCCAGGAACAGCAGAUGCUGCAGGAGAAGCUGGGAGAGCUGAAGGAGCAGUAUGCGACUUCCCUGGCCCGGUCAGAGGCAGAACUGAAGCAGGUGCAGACUCUCCGGGACGAGCUGCAAAAGUUUCUGCAGGAUCAUCAAGAGUUUGAGAACUGGCUGGAACGGUCUGAGAAAGAGCUGGAGAACAUGCGUAAGGGAGGCAGCAGCCCCGAAGCCCUUCCCGCCCUGCUGAAGCGGCAGGGGAGCUUCUCAGAGGAUGUGAUUUCCCACAAAGGAGACCUGAGAUUUGUGACGAUCUCAGGACAGAAAGUCUUGGACACAGAAAACAGCCUUGAGAAAGGCAAAGAGCCAUCAGCAAGUGGAACCUUAGUGAAGGACAAGCUGAAGGAUGCAACAGAAAGAUACACGGCUCUCCAUUCAGAGUGUGCACGAUUGGGCACUCACCUGAAUACGCUGCUGGGCCAGUACCAGCAGUUCCAGAGCAGCGCCGAUAGCCUACAGGCCUGGAUGAAAGCUUGUGAGGCCAGUGUGGAGAAGCUCCUCUCAGAUACCAUUGCCUCUGACCCUGGGGUCCUACAACAGCAGCUUGCGACAACGAAGCAGUUGCAGGAGGAACUAGCUGAGCACGAAGUACCUGUAGAAAAGCUCCAAAAAGUUGCUCAUGACCUCAUGGAAAUUGAAGGGGAGCCGGCCCCAGAUUGCAAGCAUGUUCAAGAAACUACAGAUUCCAUACUCAGCCAUUUCCAAAGCCUCUCCAGCAGACUGGCUGAGCGCUCUGCUCUCCUGCAGAAGGCAAUUGCCCAGUCUCAGAGCGUGCAGGAAAGCCUGGACAGCCUGUUGCAGUCCAUCAGGGAAGUUGAAAACAACCUGGAAGAGGAGCAGGUGGCAUCUCUGUCAUCAGGAGUCAUCCAGGAAGCCCUGGCCACUAACAUGAAACUGAAGCAGGACAUUGCUCGGCAAAAGAGCAGCUUGGAGGCCACCCGUGAGAUGGUGACCCGAUUCAUGGAGACAGCAGACAGCACCACGGCUGCAGUGCUGCAGGGUAAACUGGCGGAGGUGAGCCAUCGCUUCGAACAGCUCUGUCUCCAGCAGCAAGAAAAGGAGAGCUCCCUAAAAAAGCUUCUGCCCCAGGCAGAGAUGUUUGAACAUCUCUCUGAUAAGCUGCAGCAAUUCAUGGAAAACAAAAGUCGGAUGCUGGCCUCUGGAAAUCAGCCAGAUCAAGAUAUUGCGCAUUUCUUCCAGCAGAUCCAGGAGCUCAAUUUGGAAAUGGAAGACCAGCAGGAGAACCUGGAUACUCUUGAGCACCUGGUCACUGACCUGAGCUCCUGCAGCUUUGCACUGGACCUGUCCCAGCACCAGAACAGGGUACAGAACCUCAAAAAGGACUUCACAGAGCUACAGAAGACAGUUAAAGAAAGAGAGGAAGAUGCAUCGUCUUGCCAGGAGCAGUUAGAUGAAUUCCGGAAGCUGGUUAGGACUUUUCAGAAAUGGCUGAAGGAAACUGAAGGGACCAUUCCGCCUACGGAGACUUUCAUGAGUACUAAAGAGCUGGAAAAGCAGAUUGAACACCUGAAGGGUCUCCUAGAUGACUGGGCAAGUAAGGGAACUUUGGUAGAAGAAAUCAAUUGCAAAGGCACUUCUUUAGAAAAUCUCAUCAUGGAGAUCACAGCACCUGAUUCCCAAGCAAAGACAGGUUCCAUACUGCCCCCUGUAGGAAGCUCUGUAGGCAGUGUAAACGGAUACCACACCUGCAAAGAUCUGACGGAGAUCCAGUGUGACAUGUCAGAUGUAAACCUGAAAUAUGAGAAACUCGGGGAAGUGCUACGGGAACGCCAGGAAAGCCUUCAGGCUGUCUUCAGCAGAGUGCAGGAAGUUCAGAAGGAGGCAAGCUCCGUGCUCCAGUGGCUGGAAUCAAAAGAGGAAGUCCUGAAAGGCUUGGAUGCCUCUUCAUCUCCAACCAAGACAGAGACAGUGAGAGCCCAAGCUGAGUCUAACAAGGCCUUCCUGGCUGAACUGGAACAGAAUUCUCCAAAAGUCCAAAAUGUGAAGGAAGCCCUGACUGCAUUACUGAUGACAUAUCCCAACUCACAAGAAGCAGAAAACUGGAAGAAAAUGCAAGAGGAGCUCAAUUCCCGAUGGGAAAGGGCCACUGAGGUGACAAUGGCUCGGCAAAGGCAGCUGGAGGAAUCUGCAAGUCAUCUCGCCUGCUUCCAGGCUGCAGAAUCCCAGCUCCGCCCCUGGCUGAUGGAGAAGGAACUGAUGAUGGGAGUGCUGGGCCCCCUGUCUAUUGACCCCAACAUGCUGAAUGCACAAAAGCAGCAGGUCCAGUUUAUGCUGAAGGAAUUUGAAGCACGUAGGCAACAGCAUGAGCAGCUGAACGAGGCGGCUCAGGGCAUCCUAACAGGCCCGGGAGAGGUCUCUCCAUCCAGCAGCCAGGUACAGAAGGAGCUCCAGAGCAUCAAUCAGAAGUGGAUUGAGCUGACUAACAAACUCAAUUCCCGUUCCAGCCAAAUUGACCAAGCCAUUGUCAAAAGCACCCAGUACCAGGAACUGCUCCAGGACUUGUCAGAGAAAGUGAAGGCAGUUGGACAGCGACUGAGUGGCCAGUCAGCCAUCAGCACUCAACCUGAGGCUGUGAAGCAGCAAUUGGAGGAGACCAGUGAGAUUCGAUCUGACGUAGAGCAGCUAGACCAUGAGAUUAAGGAGGCACAGGCCCUCUGUGAUGAACUUUCAGUGCUCAUUGGUGAGCAGUACCUCAAGGAUGAGCUGAAGAAGCGUCUGGAGACAGUUGCCCUGCCUCUCCAAGGUUUAGAAGACCUUGCAGCGGAUCGCAUGAACAGACUCCAGGCAGCCCUUGCCAGUACCCAGCAGUUCCAGCAAAUGUUUGAUGAGCUGAGAUCCUGGUUGGAUGACAAACAAAGCCAGCAAGUGAAAAACUGCCCCAUCUCUGCGAAAUUGGAGCGGCUACAGUCUCAGCUACAGGAGAACGAAGAGUUUCAGAAGAGUCUUAACCAGCACAGUGGUUCCUAUGAGGUGAUUGUGGCAGAAGGAGAAUCUCUGCUUCUGUCUGUUCCUCCUGGAGAGGAGAAGAAGACUUUACAAAACCAGCUGGUUGAGCUCAAAAGCCACUGGGAAGAGCUUAGUAAAAAAACUGCAGACAGACAGUCCAGACUCAAGGACUGUCUGCAGAAAGCUCAGAAAUAUCAGUGGCAUGUGGAAGACCUGGUGCCAUGGAUAGAAGACUGUAAGGCCAAGAUGUCUGACCUGCGGGUCACUCUGGACCCAGUGCAGCUGGAGUCCAGUCUCCUGAGGUCAAAGGCUAUGCUGAGUGAGGUGGAAAAGCGCCGCUCCCUGCUGGAAAUACUGAACAGCGCUGCUGACAUUCUCAUCAACUCUUCGGAAACGGAUGAAGAUGACAUCCGGGACGAGAAGGCUGGCAUCAACCAGAACAUGGAUUCCAUUACAGAAGAGCUACAGGCCAAAACAGGGUCCCUUGAAGAAAUGACCCAGAGGCUCAAGGAGUUCCAGGAAAGCUUUAAGAACAUUGAAAAGAAAGUUGAAGGGGCCAAACACCAACUUGAAAUCUUUGACGCUCUUGGCUCUCAAGCCUGCAGCAACAAGAACCUGGAGAAGCUGAGAGCCCAACAGGAAGUGCUGCAGAGCCUGGAGCCUCAGGUGGACUACCUGAGGAACUUCACACGGGGCCUGGUGGAGGAUGCCCCAGAUGGGUCUGACGCUUCCCAGCUUCUGCGUCAAGCGGAGGUGACCCAGCAGGACUUCCUAGAAGUGAAGCAAAGAGUGAACAGUGGUUGCAUGGCGAUGGAAAACAAGCUGGAGGGUAUUGGCCAGUUUCAUUGCCGAGUCCGAGAAAUGUUUUCUCAGUUGGCAGACCUGGACGAUGAGCUCGAUUGCAUGGGUGCCAUCGGCAGAGACACUGACAGCCUCCAGUCCCAGAUCGAGGAUGUGCGGCUGUUCCUUAGCAAAAUCCAAGCCCUCAAGUUAGACAUCGAGGCCUCGGAAGCAGAGUGCCGACAAAUGCUGGAGGAAGAGGGGACUCUGGACCUGUUGGGGCUCAAGAGGGAGCUGGAAGCCCUGAACAAACAGUGUGGCAAACUGAUGGAGAGGAGUAAAGCUCGACAGGAGCAGCUGGAGCUGACCCUGGGCCGCGUCGAGGACUUCUAUCGGAAGUUGAAAGCCCUCAAUGACAUGACGACAGCAGCAGAGGAAGGAGAGGCCCUCCAGUGGGUGGUGGGGACCGAGGUGGAUGUCAUCAACCAGCAACUGGCAGAUUUCAAAAUGUUUCAGAAAGAACAGGUGGAUCCUCUUCAGAUGAAAUUACAGCAGGUGAAUGGACUCGGCCAGGGAUUGGUUCAGAGUGCUGGAAAAAACUGUGAUGUGCAGGGUUUGGAACAUGACAUGGAAGAAAUCAACACUCGGUGGAACACACUGAAUAAAAAGGUUGCACAAAGAAUUGCCCAACUGCAGGAGGCUUUGUUGCAUUGUGGGAAGUUCCAAGAUGCCUUGGAGCCAUUGCUCAGCUGGUUGGCAGACACUGAGGAGCUCAUAGCCAAUCAGAAACCUCCAUCUGCUGAGUAUAAAGUGGUGAAAGCACAGAUCCAAGAACAGAAGUUGCUACAGCGGCUCCUAGAUGAUCGAAAGGCCACAGUAGACAUGCUUCAAGCAGAAGGAGGCAGAAUCGCCCAGUCAGCUGAGCUGGCUGAUAGAGAGAAAAUCACUGGACAGUUGGAGAGUCUUGAAAGUAGAUGGACUGGACUCCUCAGCAAGGCAGCAGCCAGGCAAAAACAGCUGGAAGAUAUCCUGGUUCUGGCUAAACAAUUCCAUGAGACAGCUGAGCCUAUUUCUGACUUCUUAUCUGUCACCGAGAAAAAGCUUGCUAACUCAGAACCUGUUGGCACUCAGACUGCCAAAAUACAGCAGCAAAUCAUUCGGCACAAGGCUCUGGAAGAAGAAAUAGACAGCCAUGCAGCAGAUGUGCACCAGGCAGUCAAAAUUGGGCAGUCCCUCUCCUCCCUGACGUGUCGUGCAGAGCAGGGUGUCCUGUCAGAAAAGCUAGACUCCUUGCAGGCCCGAUUCAAUGAGAUUCAAGACCGGUGCUGUCGGAAAGCAGCCCUGCUUGAACAAGCGCUGUCUAAUGCUAGGCUCUUCGGGGAGGAUGAGGUGGAAGUGCUCAACUGGCUGGCUGAGGUUGAGGACAAGCUCAGUACAGUGUUCGUAAAGGAUUACAGACAGGAUGUCCUGCAGAAGCAGCAUGCUGACCACCUGGCUUUAAAUGAAGAAAUUGUUAAUAGAAAAAAGAAUGUAGAUCAAGCUAUUAAAAACGGCCAGGCUCUGCUAAAACAGACCACAGGUGAGGAGGUAUUGCUCAUCCAAGAGAAACUGGACGGCAUAAAGACUCGCUACGCAGAUAUCACAGUCACCAGCUCCAAGGCCCUCAGAACCUUAGAGCAAGCCCGGCAGCUGGCCACCAAGUUCCAGUCCACUUAUGAGGAACUGACCGGGUGGCUGAGGGAGGUGGAAGAGGAGCUGGCAGCCAGUGGAGGACAGUCUCCCACAGGGGAGCAGAUACCCCAGUUUCAGCAGAGACAGAAGGAGCUGAAGAAGGAGGUCAUGGAGCACAGGCUGGUGUUGGACACGGUGAAUGAGGUGAGCCAUGCGCUCUUAGAGCUGGUGCCCUGGAGAGCCAGAGAAGGGCUGGAUAAACUUGUGUCCGAUGCCAACGAGCAGUACAAGCUGGUCAGUGACACUGUUGGACAAAGGGUGGAUGAAAUUGAUGCUGCUAUUCAGAGAUCACAACAGUAUGAGCAAGCUGCUGACGCAGAGCUAGCUUGGGUUGCUGAAACAAAACGGAAACUGAUGGCCCUGGGUCCAAUUCGCCUGGAACAGGACCAGACCACAGCUCAGCUGCAGGUACAGAAGGCUUUCUCCAUUGACAUUAUUCGACACAAAGAUUCCAUGGAUGAACUCUUCAGUCAUCGUGGUGAAAUCUUUGGCACAUGUGGAGAGGAGCAAAAAGCUCUAUUACAGGAAAAGACAGAGUCUCUAAUACAGCAAUACGAAGCCAUUAGUCUGCUCAAUUCAGAGCGUUACGCCCGCCUGGAGCGAGCACAGGUCUUGGUGAACCAGUUUUGGGAAACUUAUGAGGAGCUCAGCCCCUGGAUUGAGGAAACUCGGGGACUGAUAGCACAGUUGCCUCCUCCGGCCAUUGAUCACGAACAGCUCAGGCAUCAACAGGAGGAAAUGAGGCAACUAAGGGAAUCCAUUGCUGAACACAAACCUCAUAUUGAUAAACUGCUAAAGAUAGGCCCCCAACUAAAGGAGUUAAACCCUGAAGAGGGGGAAAUGGUGGAAGAAAAAUACCAGAAAGCAGAAAAUACAUAUGCCCAAAUCAAAGAGGAGGUGCGCCAGCGGGCCCUGGCCCUGGAUGAGGCUGUUUCCCAGUCAGCUCAGAUUACAGAGUUCCAUGAUAAAAUCGAGCCCAUGUUGGAGACUCUGGAGAAUCUUUCCUCUCGCCUGCGUAUGCCACCACUGAUCCCUGCUGAAGUAGACAAGAUCAGGGAAUGCAUCAGUGACAACAAGAGUGCAACGGUGGAGCUGGAGAAGCUGCAGCCGUCCUUCGAGGCCCUGAAGCGCCGUGGAGAAGAGCUCAUUGGGCGAUCUCAGGGAGCCGACAAGGAUCUGGCUGCAAAAGAAAUCCAAGACAAGUUGGAUCAAAUGGUGUUCUUCUGGGAGGACAUCAAAGCUCGGGCUGAAGAGCGAGAAAUUAAAUUCCUUGAUGUCCUUGAGCUAGCGGAGAAGUUCUGGUAUGACAUGGCAGCUCUCCUGACCACCAUCAGAGACACCCAGGACAUUGUCCACGACUUGGAAAGCCCCGGCAUUGACCCAUCCAUCAUCAAGCAGCAGGUCGAAGCUGCUGAGACUAUUAAGGAAGAGACAGAUGGUCUGCAUGAGGAGCUGGAGUUUAUUCGAAUCCUUGGAGCAGAUUUGAUUUUUGCCUGUGGAGAAACUGAGAAGCCAGAAGUGAAGAAGAGCAUUGAUGAGAUGAAUAAUGCCUGGGAGAACUUAAACAAAACAUGGAGAGAGAGGCUGGAAAAGCUCGAGGAUGCCAUGCAAGCUGCUGUGCAGUAUCAGGACACUCUUCAGGCUAUGUUCGACUGGCUAGAUAACACUGUGAUUAAACUCUGCACAAUGCCCCCUGUCGGCACUGACCUCAACACUGUUAAAGAUCAGUUAAAUGAAAUGAAGGAAUUCAAAGUGGAAGUUUACCAGCAGCAAAUUGAGAUGGAGAAACUCAAUCACCAGGGUGAACUGAUGUUAAAGAAAGCUACCGAUGAAACGGACAGAGACAUUAUACGAGAACCCUUGACGGAACUCAAACACCUCUGGGAGAACCUGGGUGAGAAAAUUGCUCACAGACAGCAUAAGCUGGAAGGUGCUCUCUUGGCCCUUGGCCAGUUCCAGCAUGCCUUAGAGGAGCUAAUGAGUUGGCUGACUCACACUGAAGAGUUGCUAGAUGCUCAGAGACCGAUAAGCGGAGACCCAAAAGUCAUUGAAGUUGAGCUCGCAAAGCACCACGUUCUAAAAAAUGAUGUUUUGGCCCAUCAAGCCACGGUGGAAACAGUCAAUAAAGCUGGCAAUGAGCUUCUUGAAUCUAGCGCUGGAGAUGAUGCCAGCAGCUUAAGGAGCCGUUUGGAAACAAUGAACCAGUGCUGGGAGUCAGUAUUACAAAAAACAGAGGAGCGGGAGCAGCAGCUUCAGUCGACACUGCAGCAGGCCCAGGGUUUCCACAGUGAAAUUGAAGAUUUCCUCUUGGAACUGACUAGAAUGGAGACCCAACUUUCAGCAUCCAAGCCUACAGGAGGACUUCCAGAAACUGCUAGGGAACAGCUUGAUACACACAUGGAACUCUAUUCCCAGCUCAAAGCCAAGGAGGAGACUUACAAUCAGCUACUGGACAAGGGCAGGCUGAUGCUUCUCAGCCGCGAUGAUUCUGGGUCUGGCUCAAAGACAGAACAGAGCGUGGCACUCUUGGAACAGAAGUGGCAUGUGGUCAGCAGUAAGAUGGAAGAAAGAAAGUCAAAGCUGGAAGAAGCCCUCAACCUGGCAACAGAAUUCCAGAAUUCCCUGCAAGAAUUUAUCAACUGGCUCACUCUGGCAGAGCAGAGUUUAAACAUCGCCUGUCCUCCUAGCCUGAUUCUAAACACAGUCCUUUCCCAGAUAGAGGAGCACAAGGUGUUUGCUAAUGAAGUAAAUGCUCAUCGAGACCAGAUUAUUGAGCUGGAUCAAACCGGGAAUCAGUUAAAGUUCCUUAGCCAAAAACAGGAUGUUGUUCUGAUCAAAAAUUUGUUGGUUAGCGUCCAGUCUCGAUGGGAGAAGGUUGUCCAGCGAUCUAUUGAAAGAGGACGCUCCCUGGAUGAUGCCCGAAAGCGGGCAAAGCAAUUCCAUGAAGCUUGGAAAAAACUGAUUGACUGGCUAGAAGAUGCAGAGAGUCACCUGGACUCAGAACUGGAGAUAUCCAACGACCCAGACAAAAUCAAACUUCAGCUCUCCAAGCAUAAGGAGUUCCAGAAAACUCUUGGUGGCAAGCAGCCAGUGUAUGAUACCACAAUUCGAACGGGUAGAGCCUUGAAAGAAAAGACCUUGCUUCCUGAUGACACUCAGAAACUUGACAACUUACUGGGUGAAGUCAGAGACAAAUGGGAUACUGUUUGUGGCAAGUCUGUGGAGAGGCAGCACAAGCUGGAGGAGGCCCUGCUGUUUUCAGGCCAGUUCAUGGAUGCUCUGCAGGCCCUGGUCGACUGGUUGUACAAGGUGGAGCCACAGCUGGCUGAGGACCAGCCAGUGCACGGGGACCUGGACCUUGUCAUGAACCUCAUGGAUGCCCACAAGGUUUUCCAGAAGGAGCUGGGAAAGCGCACAGGAACCGUUCAGGUCCUAAAGCGGUCAGGCCGGGAGCUGAUUGAGAACAGUCGCGAUGACACCACGUGGGUGAAAGGGCAGCUCCAGGAACUGAGCACUCGCUGGGACACCGUGUGCAAACUCUCCGUCUCCAAACAGAGCCGGCUUGAGCAGGCCUUGAAGCAGGCAGAAGAGUUUCGGGACACAAUCCACAUGCUGUUGGAGUGGCUUUCUGAAGCCGAGCAAACACUGCGCUUUCGGGGAGCACUUCCUGAUGACACAGAGGCCCUGCAGUCUCUCAUCGACACCCAUAAGGAAUUUAUGAAGAAAGUGGAAGAGAAGCGAGUGGAUGUUACCAGCGCAGUGGCCAUGGGAGAGGUGAUCCUGGCCGUCUGCCACCCUGACUGCAUCACUACCAUCAAACACUGGAUCACCAUCAUCCGAGCUCGCUUCGAGGAGGUCCUGACAUGGGCCAAACAGCACCAGCAGCGUCUGGAAGCCGCCCUGUCAGAACUGGUGGCCAAUGCCGAGCUCUUGGAAGAACUUCUGGCGUGGAUCCAGUGGGCCGAGACUACCCUCAUUCAGCGGGAUCAGGAGCCCAUCCCUCAGAACAUUGACCGAGUUAAAGCCCUUAUCGCUGAGCAUCAGACGUUUAUGGAGGAGAUGACUUGCAAACAGCCUGACGUGGACCGGGUCACCAAGACGUACAAAAGGAAAAUCAUAGAGCCGGCCCAUGCCCCUUUCAUGGAGAAGUCCCGUGGUGGCAGCCGAAAGUCCUUGAGUCAGCCCACACCUCCUCCCAUGCCAAUCCUUUCACAAUCUGAAGCAAAAAAUCCACGGAUCAACCAGCUCUCUGCCCGCUGGCAGCAGGUGUGGCUCUUGGCACUAGAGCGGCAGCGGAAGCUGAACGAUGCCCUGGACCGGCUGGAGGAGCAGCUAUGCCCAGAAUUGAAGGAAUUUGCCAACUUUGACUUUGAUGUCUGGAGGAAAAAGUAUAUGCGUUGGAUGAAUCACAAGAAGUCUCGGGUGAUGGAUUUCUUCCGGCGAAUUGACAAGGACCAGGAUGGAAAGAUAACACGUCAGGAGUUUAUUGAUGGCAUCCUAGCAUCCAAGUUCCCUACUACCAAGUUAGAGAUGACUGCUGUCGCUGACAUUUUUGACCGUGACGGGGAUGGUUACAUUGAUUACUAUGAAUUUGUGGCUGCUCUCCAUCCCAAUAAGGAUGCUUAUCGACCAACAACCGACGCAGAUAAAAUUGAAGAUGAGGUCACAAGACAAGUGGCUCAGUGCAAAUGUGCAAAAAGGUUUCAGGUGGAGCAGAUUGGAGAGAAUAAAUACCGGUUCUUCCUCGGCAAUCAGUUUGGGGACUCCCAGCAGCUGCGGCUGGUCCGCAUCCUGCGCAGCACAGUGAUGGUCCGUGUUGGUGGAGGAUGGAUGGCCCUGGAUGAAUUUCUCGUGAAAAAUGACCCCUGCCGAGUUCACCAUCCUGGGAGUAAAAUAAAGCGCUCUGAUUCCAGCUCUUCGAUUUCCAGUCAGUCUCCCAUAGCACGGGGUAGAACUAACAUUGAACUUCGAGAGAAAUUCAUCCUGCCUGAGGGGGCAUCCCAGGGAAUGACCCCAUUCCGAUCACGGGGUCGAAGGUCCAAACCAUCUUCCCGGGCGGCCUCCCCUACACGCUCCAGCUCGAGCGCUAGUCAGAGUAACCACAGCUGCACGUCCAUGCCGUCUUCUCCAGCCACCCCAGCCAGUGGCACCAAGACUCCACUUCAGUUCUCUCGCUGUUAUGACAAACCCUGGUUGGUAAACAGUAAAGCUGGCACCCCUGUCAGGGACAGCCACUGUCCUGACCUCCAGCUGCCCAGCCCCGAGGUUAUUCCAUCCACAGGCAGCAAGUUGAAACGACCGACACCAGCUUUUCAUUCAAGCCGAACAUCCCUUGCUGGCGAUACCAGCAAUAGUUCUUCCCCAGCCUCCACAGGUGCCAAAACUAACCGGGCAGACCCUAAAAAGUCAGCCAGUCGCCCUGGGAGUCGAGCUGGGAGUCGGGCCGGGAGUCGGGCCAGCAGCCGGCGAGGGAGUGAUGCCUCUGACUUUGACCUUUUGGAGACGCAGUCAGCUUGUUCAGACACUUCAGAGAGUAGCGCCGCAGGGGGCCAGGGCACCUCCAGGAGAGGGCUGAACAAGCCUUCCAAAAUCCCCACCAUGUCUAAGAAGACCACCACUGCCUCCCCCAGGACUCCGGGUCCCAAGCGAUAACACUGUACAAGCACCCCCCAGCCUCUCUCCACGUUGAUCCUGCUCCAUACAUUGGGUGUAUAUUUAUUCUGAAAGGGAGAAGUUAUAUUGUUAAAAUUGUAAAAGAAUAAUUGUGUUAUGAAGCUGCCUUAUUUUUUUUUCUUUUUGUAAGUUACUAUUUUCAUGUGAAUAUUUAUGUAGAUAAAUUUUGCCUCCUGGUAACCCUGUAAUGGAUGGGGCCCAGAAAUGAAAUAUUUGAGAAAAACAAGCAAAAAGGUCAAGACGCAAAUGUGUAUUAAAAAAAAAGAAGAAAAGAAAAGCCUCUAAAUAGGGUUUCUGCGCGGUGCAGGGUUGUAAACCUGCUUUAUCUUUUAGGAUUAUUCCUAAAUGCAUCUUCUUUAUAAACUUGACUUGCUAUGUCAGCAAGAUAAAUUAUAUUAAAAAAUAAGAAUCCUGCAGUGUUUAAGGAACUCUUUUUUUUUUUUUUUUUUCUGUAAAUCACAAACACCUCAACUAGCAAGAACUGAGGGGAGGGCACUUCUGAGUGCUUUUUCAUUGUUUUUAAUGUUGUGUGUGAUUUUAGCUGAGGAGAGGGCGCCUCAUCUAGGUACUGUUUGCACAUGAUACAGCAAAAGGAGUUCACUGCAAUACUGUCUUUGAAUACUGUUUCAAUACUGGGCGUUUAAAGGACAAAUAGCUGCUAGAAAUCAGGGGUAAAUGUAACUGUUCAGAAAACACGUCAGAACAUUGGGGUUUUUAAGAGUCCUGGUUUGUAACUUCCUACCCAGCCCGGCCACCAAUAACGCCACCAGUAAUGCCUGUGCUCACCGGGACCCAGGCUUUCAGCAAGGGGACACUCCUUGGUGGCGUUUUGAAUUACAGAUUCGUUUAUCUGCAUUUUUUUGCUAUUUGAAAUGGUCGAUCAACUUCCCACAAACUGAGGAAUGAAUUCCACGAGCCUAUUCUGAAAAUGUGGACAGAAACACUCGCUCGUCCUUUAAAGGAGAUCACCAGCACACUCGUUAACAAGUCCCGUUUGCUUGUCUUUUUUUGUGCGUAAUAAAGUCCACUGACCAAGUGACCCUGAAGAGGGGCUGCCUGGGGCUCCUGUUUUUUAGCUGCUGUUCCUCUUCAGCUCCGACCACGUUGCUGUGUGAUUAUCUCAAUUGGUUUUAAUUGAGGCAGAAACUGAAGCUCUACCAAUGAACUGUUUAAAAAUAAGACACACUUUUGUAUUAAAAUUGCUUGCAGUAAUGAA